AUGGAUAAAAACCCAACUGGUGGUGUUAUGGCACGUGUUGUUAAAAUUCUUGGUCGUACUGGCAGCCAGGGACAAUGUACACAAGUACGUGUCGAAAUUAUCGAUACAUCAUCAUCAAAACGAUCGAUUAUUCGUAAUGUUAAGGGUCCAGUCCGUGUUGACGAUGUACUCGUUCUUCUAGAAUCUGAACGUGAAGCACGUCGACUUCGAUAA